CGCUGACAAUUGGCAAUGGAGCUAAAGUUGGUACUGAAGCUGCUGGCUGAUGCUGCUGAAGCUGCCGCUGAAGCUGAAGCUGGAGACGAGGCAGAGAUUACUCCUAUUCCUAAAUGCCAGUUGGCAGACACUUUGCUGCAGAUGCUAAUGCUCCUCUGUUCCGCUGUGGCUUCCUUCCACUUGUCACGUUGGAUGCUGCUGAUUCUGGUGCUGCUGCUGCUCUGUGGUGCCCCAGUGAUCUGCUUCUCUAAUGCUCUGCAGCUCUGUAGCUCUGUCCAUGCGGCGGUCGAGUGGGCUGCAAGCCUCGCGCUCUCCCAAAACCGGUUCGGUUCUUUGGUACCGCAAUAUGAAAUCGCCAUUUACUGGUGGCUCCACAUUUUCACGCCAGUCUACGGUGAGCCCGGCCACGACACAACCACGUCCACGUUCACGUUCACGUCCAGCACCGCUCGAUAUGACCAAUUUGUGCUAGAGCCACAAGACACCAGAGACACUUUCCCCGCCACGAUGGCGGACAAAACCAAGGACAAGCCCAAGGAGACGACACCUCAGCCGCAGCCAAAGCCAAAGCCAAAAUAUGAGCCCCGUCCGGUGGAGAAGACCAAGGAUCCGAUCAUCUCGCAAAUCGGCGACUUUCGCCGCUAUCAGCUGUUCUUUUUCCUGAUUGUCGUGCUCUGCAAAUUCGGCACUGGAUGGCACACUCUCGCCCACAUAUUCCUGGCCGCCCCCACGCCCCUGAAGUGCCUCACCGAGAAUGUGACGGAUCCGUGCAGCAAGGACUGCAACCAGACGGAGUUCGACACCAGCCUCUUCAAGACGACAAUCAUCACCGAGUGGAAUCUCAUCUGUAAGGACAAGUCGCUGGCCAGCCUCUCCCAGUCCAUCGUGAUGCUCGGCAUCAUGAUCGGGGGCAUGUCUUUCGGCAUGAUAGCGGAUCGUUGGGGCAGGCGGCCGGCGUUUCUUCUCUGCUGUUUCAUGCAGCUGAUCACGGGACUGAUUGUCUGCCUUUCGAAGUGGUAUUGGUUCUACUGCUUGUUCCGGUUUCUGGUUGCCGUGGCCACCGGCGGCACCAUGACCGUCAGCUUUGUGCUGCUCAUGGAGAUCAUCGGCCCCAAGAAGCGGGAGCUGAUCGGCAUCCUCUAUCAGAUCCCCUUCAACAUCGGGCACGCCUCGCUAUCGCUGUUCGCCUACUACAUACGGGAAUGGCGCUGGUUCCAGUUCAGCGUGACGAUAUUCUCGGUGGUAUUUGUGAUCUACAUAUGGCUGGUGCCCGAGUCGCCGCGCUGGCUCUUCACCACGGGCCGUGUGGACAAGAGCGUCAAGAUUCUGGAGCGGAUUGCCAGGCACAAUCGAGCGCCCACCGAUACCAUUAAGGCGGAAAUGGAGGCCGCCUACGCGGUACUCGCCAGCAGGCAGCCGGCCAAGAAGGGCAACGUAACGGACCUGUUCCGAACGCCCUACAUGCGGCUGAAGACGAUUGCCAUGGCCAACGAUUGGCUGGUGGUGUGCAUGGUGUACUACGGCACGGCCCAGUACAUAGCCAAGCUGGGCGGCGACAUCUUCCUCAAUGUGCUGAUCGCCGCCCUCCUGGGCAUACCCGGCACGCUGCUCUGCGUGGUGCUGACCAAGUACCUGGGCCGCAAGUUGACAAUGAUGCUGUCCAAUGGACUGAGUGCCAUCGGGCUGCUGCUGCUCGUCUUCCUGUACAAGUCCAGCGAGAUAGUGCAGGUGUCCUGCGCCACGGUGGGUCUCUUCGGGGCCUCCAUUACCUUUCCGAACGUUUACCUGUACGGGGCCGAGCUCUUCCCGACCGUGGUGCGAUCGAACGGCAUGGGCCUCUGCUCGAUGGUGGGCCGCAUCGGCGGCCUUUUGGCCCCCAUGAUCAAUGAGUUGGAUGUCUAUGGGUCUUGGAUAACGCCCCUCAUCUUUGGCGUCGCCUCCGUGCUGGCCAUGCUGGGGACGAUCGUGUUGCCGGAGACGCGGGGCACGCCACUGCCGGAGACACUGGAGGAUGGCGAAAACUUUGGCCGCAAGUCGCAAAAAGCCCAGACCUAAACCUAGGCAUUUCUCUCAGUGCAAAAUCUCUACACAAAUACCGUUUAACUGCGCUCAAAAAUUAAUAAAUUUCAUUUGAAUUAAAA